UGUCGCUGUACCGCGCGUGAUACGUUGAGUGUAGAUUUCUAUGGCGCAAAAGAUUUUCCAGUCCUUCCGUAGGAUUCCAGGACAUUUCCCUGCUUUUCGUAAAAAAGAGGAGCAUCUCGAUGUACAGGGGUCGAGAUAUAGAGUUUCUGUCUGUUCUGAUUAUGGAUUUCCUUCUAAACCUACGUCAGUUGCGUAUGACCCUGUUAUAGAUAUGUUAGCUGUCCUUACGCGUGAUGGCAACAUUUAUAUAUACGGGAAACCAGGAAUAUCGUUUUCUGCUGUACAUGAAACGAACGCUCAAUAUAUUCAAGUGGUUUUCUUGACUGGCAGUAGAAAACUGGUUACAUUGACUGAUUCAGAUGAUAUGUAUUUAUGGGAGUUGACUUCAGUCAGUCAAACAUCUUGUCAACUGGUCCAAAGAUCAUGUCUCAAAAGAAUUAUAAGUCAACUAAAGUCUUUGUCAAGUGGAGUUCCAAGUAUUUCCACCAAUAACGAAGAAACUAGUCACGUCACUGCUUUGUGCUACGCCUCCGACGGUCGUAGCAUCCUGAUUGGAACUGAUAAUGGUUGGGUUGCCUCUGUUCGUUUAAAUACAAAUACAGCCACUGACGACUUCACGAAAUUCUGGUGCUUACCUUCAGCUGAUGAUGCAAUUAAUCCUUCUCGAAUACUUGAUGGCAUUUCACCUGAUCGUCGUCAGCGUCUGCGGGCAGAUGCAGUGGUGGUUUUAUUAGAAAGGCCAGGGUUUCCUGGACAGCUAUUAAUUGGCUACAAUUCUGGUCUAAGUUUAUUAUUUGACCUCCGUUCAGAUCGUAUUAUGGCACUAUUACCGUGGCAACAUGGCUUGGAAGCUGCCGCUUGGUGCGGCGGUAGUGGCCAACCAAAUAGGUCAAACCCAACAUCUCAUCAACCCCAAUUAGGGAUGCGUCUCUUGACUGCGCAUUCGGACGGAUCUCUGGGAGUUUGGAGUUUGAAGGAAAUCGGCUUCGGUACAACAACAAUAUCUCCCAUUCAACCACCCUUGCUUCAAAUGGAAGAAGCUCCAAGCAUGCCUUAUGGACCUUUCCCGUGCAAACUGAUCAGCAAAGUCUUCUGGCUUCCAUCUGCUCUGGGGGGUAUUACUGUAUUUGUUGGUGGAAUGCCACGUGCCACUUAUGGUGAACGUCAUACUGUAAGCAUAUUGCGUGGAUCCAAUAUUGAUCAAGCUGCUAAUGCCAGUGUUGUUGCUGCCCGACUUGCUGUGGCAGCUGAAGCUGAAGAUGAUGAUGAAAUACCAGAAGAAAGUUCAUUAUCAGCUCCUCCUAUACACGUUUUUGAUUCUGAUGCACCUGAACAUGUAUGUUUGGACUUACCAUCAAGUCUUGUUGAUUUAGUUCCUGUUGGUUCUGUUGACGGACCUGUUCAAAUACUAAUACUUUUAUGUGAAGAAGAAAUGGUUGUGAUUGAUCUUAUAACUUCUGGCUGGCCUUUUAUGCGUCCUCCCUAUUUAACUUGCUUGCACACGACAUCCCUUACUACAUACAAUUUAAUUACACAGGUUAGCCCAACCUUGCUGUCAAAUCUUGAAGCUGCCGGUGCUUACUAUGGUCCUGAAGGGCGUUUUGGUCGUGGAGGAGCAAUUGCAGAUAAUCCAUCAGGUGGGGGUUGGUCCUCUCUCCCUUGGCCAAUACAAGGUGGUCAUGCAUUAAUUAAUGGAUCUCGGUUAUCUACAAGCUCUUUGGGUGGAAAUAUUCUGUACACAGAUGACUUACUUCUUACUGGUCACGAGGACGGUUCUGUUGCAUUUUGGCGACUCAGUGCAGGAGGCUGCCUUCGACGCAUUUAUACCUUAUAUACAGCUAUAUUAUUUGAAGAUGUCAGCCAAUUGGAUCAUCCUAAUGGUGUUGAUGAUGAUGGCGAUGCAUGGCCUCCCUUUCGUCAGGCAGGUGUAUUUGACCCUUUCAUGGACGAUAGCAGAGUAGCUAUACAAUUCAUUUAUCUUGUUGAUAAUACACUGGUUGUGGGUGGAGCUGCAGGUCAGGCAAUUGUAUAUCAAUUUCUUAAUUUCACUCCAUGUAUUGAACCUGCAAUUGUAACAAUUAAAAAAUCCAUGCCCGGAUUUCAAUGGAAAGGACAUGCUCCCCUUACACUUCGAAAAUGCUUUAGUAACAAGAUCACUGUUAAUCCAGAACAAGCUACUCCACUCCCCGCUCAAUUACAAGCUACAGGAGUUAUUUUCGUACAGCCUCCUGCACGUAUUACAUCACUUCUUUCAAGUGAAUUUGAAUUAACUCAUCUAAAAGAAUUUAGUCAAAACCAAACAAAUAACAUUGGUGGUGAUGGCGGUUUACAAAUUUUACUUGCUCUUGGUACACCACAUGGUUUCGGUGUAGUUUUUGUACCGAAACCUUUAUCUAAUAAUGAUUCAAAUACAAAAAAACCAUUACCUCCUCAAUCAUUACUUGCUGUGUCAACAAUACCGGAUAAUAUUGAUGCUCUUCAAGAAGCUGCUGCUGGCGAAGGUUGGGCAAGGCGACGUACUCGAGAACUUAAAAAAAGUCUUCGUGAUUCGUUUCGACGUCUUAAAAGAGUACGAUCAACUAAAUCAAAUUUUCAACCAGUUGUCCCAGCUUCUACUGCUAAUGUUAGUCGUGCUGGCAUUCGACGUACUGUUACUCAAUCUAAUCGUGCUGCUCCCAAUCAAACUGAUGUGGCUCCUCUUGAUGAAGCAGAAAGACGUAGUGGACGUGUCCCAGAUGAGAAUAUAUUAUUAAUAUCACAGUAUAAUGUUGAAAGAGAAAUAUGCGAUCGUGUUCAAGAUACUGCUAACGUAGCUAUUGUAUCCUGUUUUGCAUUUGGUCCACCAUUGUUUAAAUCAAGUCCAUCAAAUUCUCGUCCAAUGUUACAUCCAGUUGCUACACUUUUUAUUGGCACUAAAGCUGGAACUGUUAAAUUAUAUUCUAUUUUUGUUGACAAAACAUCAUUAAAUUCUAGCGUUCUACCUAAACUACAGCUGUAUUAUUCUCGAGAACUUAUUUUACAACAUCGUGCUCCUGUUCUAUCACUUCGUCUAAUCGAUGCUAAGUCAAAUAUGCCUUACUCAUUAUCGGAUUACAAACAUUACAUAUCUGAUUCUGGUAAAUCUCAUAAUCUACCUGUAUUAUCAGUUGUGAGUGAAGAACAAAUACGAUUAUUUAAUUUGCCUAAUUUACACCUAAAAUUCAAAGCUCGUAUUACCGCUAUUGAUGGUUAUCGUAUCAAAUCUGCUUCAGUAGUUGGAUUUCGAAUACACGGAAAAACCAGUUCAUCAUUAUCAAAAGAAUCCACUGUUGAUUCUGCUUGUGGUGAUCUUGAACGUUCGAAUGCAAGUGGUAUAUCUGUAACAUCUCAAACAAAUCAAAACUGUGAAUAUUCAUUUGUUUUUACAAAUGUUGGUGGUCAAGCUGUUUUGCUUAGUAUGCCGCAACUUCGACGAAUGGAUACCUUACAUUUGCUGGAUUCUCAUGAUGUAGUUGCAGUCAGUUCAGUUGUAUUUUCUCAACCUGGCAGUAUAAAUGUAAAUACUUCAUGUUAUGUUCCUGGACCUGCUCUCGGACUUUAUCAGUUGGCACCUGGUCAACUUACACUUUUUGACGUUGUACGUACUGGACAAAAAGCUAGCUCACUUGGAGUAUCUUAUCGUCCUAUAUAUCGACUAUCUCUUAUUGGCAAUCCAAAUUCAAAUAUGAAAACUUUAUCCGAAAAGACAAAUAGUAUUGGAGAUAGUAGAAUUUCUAAUAGAAGUGUUUUAUCGACCAGUCAGUUGCAUAACAUAUCACAGACAUCUAGUGUACUUAGUUCAUCCGUACAAAAUCAAUCAAAUUCUAUGUCAUCACACAAUCGAAGUGAUUCAAUAAGAAAUGGUCUCGUUUCACCUUCUGUAUCAUGUACAAGUGAUAGAAAUAAUCACAGGAAUCGUGUAUCCUAAAUAAUAUAAUUGAUUAUUCGAUUUAUGCUAAUCUCUCAGUAACUAUAUACUAGGUCAGUGCUACAAUUUACCGCAAACAUAUCAUGCUUUUUCUUCCCUCUCUCUCUCUCUCUCUCUCU